AUGUCAGAUCAGAGCCCAAGACUUUCAUUCACAGGUCAUACCCCCCGCUACCAUCACCAUGAUUUCCCUUUUGCCCAUCUUCUUCAUCUUUAUCGUUCCCUCGUCACUCUUCUUCUUCGCCCUCCUCCUCCUUCAUUCCCUCUCAAUAUUCCCAAAUCCCUAAUGAACCCAACGGUUCUCUUCUUCAUCCUCUUCUUCUCUGUUCUAACCAGAACCACCCUCUGUUAUGUGAAUCCCAACUUCCAAGCUUGCGAGCCCCAAACCUGUGGGAACGGCCCAAGUAUAAUCUACCCCUUCCGUAUCAAAGAUAAACAAGAUAGCUUCUGCGGGUUCCCUGGUUUCGACCUUCUCUGUGCUUCCAAUGGCUUCCCAGCGCUCAAUCUCUCCAAUACUUUCUACAUAGUCGAUGAAAUUUCCUACCCCAAUCUCUCUCUCCGAGUCUUCAAUCCAAACUUCCGAAUCUCCAAUUUCACCACAUGUCUCUCUCCCUCCGACAACCUCACUCUCGACUUCAGAUACGCUGUGGCUCCGAACCAGAAGGAGGUGCUUCUGUUCUUCGAUUGCGACUUGCCGUCGCUGCCGGAGGAGAUGAAACAAAACGUAUUGGGGUGUUCUGAGGGGAACAGAGCGAGGUCGGUGCUGGGCAUGGCGGUGGAUGACGCAGCUAAGAAGUUGAAGUAUGCGAAGGAUAAUUGCAGGGGUGGGCCGACGACGAGGACGGUGGUGGGCAAUGUGGAAGGAGGGAUAAGAGAGGCUCUGGGAAGAGGAUUGUUGUUGAAGCCAACGAAUUGGACGGCGAGUAAGUGCGAGGCAUGCCAGAGCAGUGGAGGAAGGUGUGGCUUCCUCUACAGAGAUGCGUUUGACUUCAAGUGCUUCUGCCGCGACGGCGACCAUUUUCGCAGUUGUCGUCAUGACAAAGGGACUUUGACGCUGGGACUGGCAUUAGGUUUAGGGAUUGGAGUCCCAGGGAUGAUAACAAUGGGGAUGAUUGUGUGGUGGUGGUGGAGGAGAAGAAAAUAUGGCGAUUCGGAUUCAAUAAGCAGAUACUCCACUCAUUCUCACAUAGACAGUAGCAAUGUCUACUUCGGAAUCCCUGUUUUCUCUUAUUCCGAGCUCGAAGCAGCCACCAACCAUUUCGACCCUUCCACAGAGCUCGGAGAUGGAGGCUUCGGCACUGUUUAUUACGGUAAGCUUGAAGACGGACGAGAAGUUGCUGUAAAACGCUUAUACGAGCAAAAUUACAAACAAGUAGAACAGUUCAUGAAUGAAGUGAGGAUCCUCACUCGUUUACACCACAAAAACCUUGUCACCCUCUAUGGCUGCACCUCCCGCCGCAGCCGGGAACUCCUCCUCGUCUACGAGUUCAUCCCAAACCGCACCGUCGCUCAUCACCUCCACCUCCACAGAGAUCCCAAAAAGCCCACAGUUUUACCAUGGUCCACUCGCAUGAAAAUCGCUGUCCAAACCGCCAGAGCAUUGGUCUACCUCCAUGCCUCUGAAAUCAUUCACCGCGACAUCAAAACCAACAACAUUCUCCUUGACGAAGGAUUCAAUGUUAAGGUUGCAGAUUUUGGACUCUCAAGGUUGUUCCCCAACAAUGUCACUCACGUUUCCACUGCUCCACAAGGGACGCCGGGUUAUCUCGAUCCCGAAUAUCAUAGUUGCUAUCAGCUCACCAGCAAAAGUGAUGUUUAUAGCUUCGGAGUUGUGCUCAUCGAGCUCAUAACAUCCAUGGAGGCGGUCGACAUGAGCCGAGACUCGGACUCCAUAAACUUGUCGAGCUUAGCAGUGAGGAAGAUUCAGAGGAGUGAGCUGAGCGAGCUGGUGGAUCCUUCUCUUCGGUUUGAGAGUGAUGGGGAGGUGAAGAGGAUGGUGAUAUUGGUGGCUCAGUUGGCGUUUCAGUGUUUACAGACUAAUAAGGAAUUGAGACCUUCCAUGGAGGAAGUUCUGGAGAUGUUGGAGGGGAUUCAAAGUGGGAGUGAUCGGGUACAGGAGCACCCACGAUUGCCACCGGAAUCACCCAAAUGGGAUGAGCUUGGCUUGUUGAAGAACGCAAAUCCACCGCCUUAUUCUCCCAACAGUGUUGCUGAUAAAUGGGUAAGCGAAACUACGACGCCCAAUGUCAGUGCUUGAGCAAGUGUUCAUAAUAGGUUCUCUGUUCUCUGUAUAAUACCAAUACGGUGAGUAUAUAUGUCUGUUUGUUUUUUUCUUUUUUUCGACCUUGAAGUAUAUAUGUGUGUUCAAAAGCGAGCAAGUUAAAUUUUUUUUGGGGGCAUUUCUGGGGUGUCACUCACAAGUCACAAUGAAUUUAUGGAGCAAAAUUCAUUCAAAUUUAAU